UUCAAUGUAACCCGUGUUCAUUCUCUCUCUGAUAAUAAACGGAGCCGUUUUACUUUAAUACACUAUUGGUUUCCACAGGUGUAUAUGCCAUCCUAUUCAAAUAACCUAGCUAAUAAUUUAACCUUAUUACGGUUAUUUGGAUACCACAGCAUACGUGAUUGUAGAUCAAUAUUUGUAUCUAAUUUCGCUAACUGCUAGCUAGCUGACUGGGUAGCUAAUAGCCUUGUGUUGAGGCUUUUCUACACCGAAGACAAACACAUCAACUUCUACCUGUUUCAACCAAAAAGGCAAGGGCUGUUUUGCAUUUCUCAGAAAUAAUCAUCGUUGUGGCUGAGAGAAGAUGGAAGCUCCUCCUGUUACAUCGAUGCCUGUCACCGGGGGCGCCGUCAAUAUGAUGGAGUAUCUGCUGCAAGGCAGUGUGUUAGACCAGGCCCUGGAAAGCCUCCUGCAUCGCCUCCGCGGCCUGUCUGACAACAUGGAUCCCGAGACCUUUACAGAUCACGAACUGGUUUACCUUCUGAAAGGCCAACAAGGGAACCCUUUCAUUCUGCGUGCCCGGCGCUCCCUCUCCCACCCCACCUCCCCAUGGCACCUACGCUACCUCGGCCAACCAGAAGUGGGAGACAAGAGCCGCCACGCACUGGUGCGCAACUGUGUCGACGUGGCCGCCUCUCACAGUCUGCCCGAGUUCCUCAACGAGAUGGGCUUUCGCAUGGACCACGAGUUUACGGCCAACGGACACAUAUUCCGCAAAGGUGUUAUGAAAAUUGUAGUUAGCAAGCUGUCACGCAUCCUGGUACCGGGGAACACGGAGAACACAGAACGUCUAUCGCUCUCAUACCUGGUGGAGCUGAGUGUGCUGGCUCCAGCCGGACAGGACACCGUCUCAGAGGACAUGCGCAGCUUUGCAGAGCAACUUAAACCUCUGGUGCACUUGGAGAAGAUUGACCCCAGCAAACAGAGACACUGAUGGGGAACAUUAAGUCAUCUCUAACUACCAUGGACACAUUUCUUUUUUAUUUUUGUACUCAAAUUAAAUACAUAAACUUUGAUAUAAUGGUUACCCUUCUUGUCAUUUUG